AUGAGCGCUCGUCGCGACAGUUACGCUAGGGUCGCUGCUACUGGAUCAGCAGGCAGUAACAGCUCAUUCCAACAACCAACCCGAUCCGGUGCCUUCUCGCAUCUCGCCAAUAGCGCCUCGACAUCCCACCCGAACCGCCUCUCUCGCUCCAUCGACGCCGACGGUCACAUGUCUACGAGUUUCGGAAGGUCCGGCGGGCUCUUGCCCUCGUAUUCAAGUCAGUCUGGAUACUGGCAUGGCUUGGGUGGAUCGGCUCAAGAUAUACCUCCGUUCUUCGUGCCUUCCUACCUGCGCGGGUCCAAGCACGCCGAAAAGUUACAAGAGGUGCACAAAGCGAAGCUGGCAGCUCAAAGGGAAUACAAGUCAGCCCACUCACCAAAUGCGGGCUCGCUGUCUACUAGUUCUAGCAGCGCGAACCUGCACAAGAUGGCGCCAUCACAUCGAGGUCUCACGCAUGAGGUAGUGGAGCGCGCGCCUGUUGUGGACGAGCCCGUAGCGCCAUGGCCAACCCGAUGGAACGAUGCAGAUAGGUUCCCCCAGCUGGAGCUUGAGGAUAGUGGAAGGCAGGCCAAGUUCUCAGGCACUCAGAAGACACACGAUGAAGCGGCAUCGGUACGGGCAGACUUUCCCAUGCCACGGCAGUGUGGAAUUUACUACUACGAGAUCACUGUCAUCUCCAAAGGCAAAGACGGCAGAAUGAUCGGAAUCGGCUUCUCUGGCCAAAAGGUUGCCCUCAGUAGGAUACCCGGUUGGGAGCCCGACUCGUAUGCGUACCAUGGCGACGAUGGGCAGAUCUUCAGCAACACCACCUCCGGGAAGUCAUAUGGACCCAAAUUUGGCACGCUGGACGUCAUCGGCUGUGGCAUCAACUUCCGGACGAAUACUGCCUUCUUCACAAAGAAUGGGCACAUGCUGGGGACGGCCUUCCGGGACCUGAAACAUAACGUGCCAUACUAUCCUACAGUAGGCAUGAAGAAGCCCGGCGAGACGGUCCGCGUUAAUUUCGGUCAAGAACCCUUCGCUUUCGAUAUCGACAAAAUGGCACAAGACGAGAAGGCAGCCAUACAAGCUGAAAUCGCUCGGACCAAAACUGAAGCGAGUGUACUGGGAGGCGAGGACGCGCUGAUACACCAGUUGGUAGGACAGUAUUUGGCGCAUGACGGCUACGUGGAAACAGCACGAGCUUUCUCAGACGAGAUUGUCGACGAAGCAAGAGCGCUUGCGAACGACAGUGAGGCAGACAUUCCAUACCGCACAGCAGUAGAAGACUUGGAUGCGCUGAACCGGCAAAAAAUACGCACAGCGAUCCUCGAGGGCGAUAUCGACAAAGCACUCAAGCAUACCAGCGCAUACUACCCCUCGGUCCUCCGCGACAACGAGAACAUCUACUUCAAGCUCCGCUGCCGAAAGUUUAUCGAGAUGAUCCGGCGGUGCGGAGAGUUGAACGCACAAUGCCAACCCGCACCAACAUCGUCCUCAAAACGAUCGACCGCCUCAACAGUCAACAAGCGUAACUCAACUGCUACAGAUGAGUACGAUUUUGAGAUGGAGCUUGACGAGCAAUUAGGCGUACACAACCCACCCCCAAGCUGGGACAACAAGGAUCAAGAUGACGAGUUGGAAGAUGGAGACGAGGAUGACAUGGAAGACAAAGUGGCCAAGAGCGAACGGGCGACGAGUGAAACAAUAGCUUAUGGCAUGGAGCUGAAAUCCGAAUUCGCAAACGAUCCGAGACGGGAAGUCAAGCGGGCGCUUGAAGACACUUUUGCGCUCAUUGCCUAUGCGGACGCACGGGAAAGCUCGUUGGCGCCAUUGCUGGAGAUCUCCGGUCGUGCGCCAGUGGCCGAAGAGCUCAACAGCGCCAUUCUAGUUUCUCUAGGCAAAUCCUCUUCCGCUGCCCUGGAGCGUCUGAUCCAGCAAACCGAAGCACUCGUGAACGAACUCGCCGACGACGGCGGUCCUGGCGCUUUUAUCAACGUCCAAAAAGAUUUCCUACAAUAG